GGGUUUUGUAGGAUCUCACGUGGCGUUGCGGGUAAUUGGCGUAAUGGCCUCUCAACUCUUAGCUCCAAUCAACCGCAUUUCUAAUUCCAUUAUUUAUCUCUCAUAAUCAUCAUCCCCAAUUCCAAGUCCCUAGAACCUUCUCCAAUCUCUAUGCACAAACUUACACUACAUUUCAUUUUGCUAGAAAAUUGCUAUAUAAUCGAUCACAUUAUAUCGACUACUAGUAGUUUUGAAUUUGAUAUAAUCAUUUCUGAGAAAUGUGUUCACUGCAAGUUCCAAAUUACAGUGUUUUCAACCACUCUGAGAAGUUGCAGAAAUGUGUGAUUUUGCCGUCAUUUUGGGGAGUAGAGUUGAGCUUCAAUGAUGUACGCUUCACAGCAGUAAAGGGACGUCAAUAUGGGAGGGUUACUGCUAUGUGUUCAUCAUCAUCAUCAAGUGUUUCACCUUUUAAGAUGAAUUUGAAUGAAUAUAUGGUUACACUUGAAAAGCCCCUUGGUAUUCGCUUUGCUCUCUCUGUUGAUGGCAAAGUUUUCGUUCAUGCUCUUAAGAAAGGGGGAAAUGCUGAGAAAUCAAGAAUAAUAAUGGUUGGUGACACAUUGAAAAAGGCGAGUGACUCUUCCAUUGGGGGACUUACUGAGAUCAAAGACUUUGGCGAUACAGAGUAUGAAAUGAAGAUGAUGAAAGAGAACUCAGGGCCUUGUAGCCUGGUUCUUGAGAGACCAUUUUUCCCAUUUCCUAUCCACCAGCUAUAUCUUAUGAAUGAUAUUGAUAUUCUAUUUAAUAGAGGUCGUGUUCCUAUUGCUACAUGGAACAAAAAUUUACUUGCCUCCAACUUGCGAACGUCUUGUGAGGGCAGUGGGAACUCUGGAUUUAUAGUAUUUUCCCCAAAGUUACUAACUUCAAAAGGAUGGAAUGUUCUGAUUGAUCGAGAUCAAAUCAGGCAAGACGGAAAGCUGAACGGUACCCCCUCUUUACCAUUUAGCCCAAUUAUCAACAUAUUCUCUGAGAAAGACAGUGGAGAUUCUGAAUGGGCACAUGGGAGUUUCCCACUGGAAGAAUAUGUAAAGGCGUUGGAUCGUUCAAAGGGAGAACUGUAUUACAAACAUGAUCUUGGUAUGCGCUACAGCAAGAUUACGGAGCAAAUAUACGUGGGAUCAUGCAUACAAAAGGAAGCUGAUGUAGAAAUGCUGUCAGAUGUUGUGGGGAUCACUGCUGUGCUGAAUUUUCAGAGUGGGAUCGAGGCUGAAAAUUGGGGAAUUAAUACCAACAUAAUCAAUGAAUCGUGCCAAAGGUUUAAUAUCCUUAUGAUCAACUAUCCCAUAAGGGAAGGAGAUUCAUUUGACAUGAGAAAGAAACUUCCGUUUUGUGUUGGCGUUCUUCUACGCCUAUUGAAGAAAAACCAGAGAGUCUAUGUGACUUGUACAACUGGUUUUGAUAGAUCCCCUGCUUGUGUAAUAGCUUACCUUCAUUGGAUGACAGAUACUUCCCUUCAUGCAGCCUAUAAUUUUGUCACUGGUUUGCAUUCAUGCAAGCCUGACAGACCAGCCAUUGCCUGGGCAACAUGGGAUCUCAUAGCAAUGGUUGAAACUGGUGCACAUGAUGGGCCUGCAACACAUGCAGUGACUUUUGUAUGGAACGGCCACGAGGGAGAGGAUGUCUACCUGGUUGGAGAUUUUACAGGUAACUGGAAAGAACCGAUUAAGGCAGUCCACAAAGGUGGCUCAAGAUUUGAGGCUGAAGUUAGACUUUCACAGGGAAAGUACCUUUAUAAGUACAUUAUUAGUGGAAACUGGAGGCAUUCAACCUAUUCACCAACUGAAAGAGAUGAAAGCGGAAAUCUCAAUAAUGUAAUUGUUGUUGGUGAUGUUGCCAGUCUGAAGCCUUCCAUUCAACAACAAAAGAAGGACGCAAAUAUUAUGAAGGUCAUUGAGAGACCAUUGACAGAAAAUGAGCGGUUCAUGCUGGCAAAAGCUGCUCGAUGUGUUGCGUUCUCAAUCUGCCCUAUAAGGCUAGCACCUAAAUAGAUGGACAUACUACAUUUUCAGUCAUCAUAGUUGCACCUCCAACUAUGUCUUCUGCAAUAAAGACUUCAGUAAAUAUGGUUGGUCAAUGCCAGAUUAACAUGUCUGGGAAAACCUUAAUGAAAGCCCAUCCCUCCCACUUGAAUUGAAGAGGGAGCUUUAUAUUGCCAUGCAAUUUCGAGGUCAAACAGCUGCAAGGUUGGACAAAUGCAGGCGAGUUAUAAUGCUCAUGUCAUUGAACUCAAGUCAUUUUAUCAUUUUAAGAGUAUUAUCCCCAUGCAUAUUGUCUACUUGAGCACUGACUGGUUCCUUCAGCAAGAUAAUUUCCACUGUCGAAAAGCUCAGUCAAUCCUGUGUAAACAAACCCUUCAAUUAAAAAUAAUCCGACAUAAUAUGGGUGUAUAUCUGAGUUUUAUAUAUACACAUUCCAUGAACACGUGGAUGUGUAGUUGCAAGUUUUACUAUGUUGCUGAAUAAAGAAUAAUACUGUUUCCUGACCGUGCA